AUGUCAGCCGUGAGCGACUCCAAAGUCACGUUCACAGCCAAAGCCAAGCAGCACGGCGUUCCAGAGAGUAGUCUGCAGGCUUGGGCCACAGAGGGCAUCGAAACUUACUCUCAGCUGCUUUUCCGUGUGGCGUCAGCCCCGAAUGCAGUCGACGCAGCCAAAUUGAAGACGCUGCUAGACAACAUGCAGCCAAAAGCCACAGAAGCAGUCGCUUCAGCCGUCAACAGACUCCUGUUUGAAGCAGGAACUUUUGUCGUGGCGGAACUACGCAACAGCCUAGAUAGCCCGUCAGCCGAACCCAGCCGCAGGCUUUCCACUCAGGAACGCAGCAGUCGUCUUCAGGCGCUACAAGCCAAGCUAGGCUCCUUCAAGAUCGCAGGUCAGUUUGAGCCGAGUCACCAACUCGUUGACUCGUUCAGUGCCAUGCUAGCCGACCAGACAAUUAGACACGUCCCCCUGAACAGGUGUAGCUGUCGCGAGCAGGAGGUGUGCAACGUCAAACGUGACGACCACCUCUUCCGCCUCGAGAACUCAGCCCUCCGUUUGGCAGCCAAACCCCAGCCGUUGAAGGUGGACCUAAGCACCGAACUCAGAGUUGCUCAGGCUCUCAGUCGUCGUGGGCUAGCCAUUGAGAUGGCAGGAUUGGGAACCUUUGAGGUUCACGAAGCCUACGCUCGCAGCCUGCUAGAUCACUUGCACCGACCUCCACCGCCCAAGUUUGAUCCCCCAGGCAUUGACGCCCUCCUGAGAGCAGACAGAGAGCUUUGGAUCAGGGUAGCCGAAGAACUUGGCACAGACUUCUCAGGACCAGGCAAGGUAAGCGCCUUUGACGAUGCCAUCAAGACAUGGCAACACAGCAUGCAGGUGGCUUACUUUUUGGUACCAGUCCCCAAGCCAGAGAAGCCAGACAAGCCCUUGAAGCGCGCCUGGGAGUCGGCCUUCGCCGCCGAAAAAGGACAGCCGUGGAAGGGCAAGGGCAAAGGCAAAGCCAAUCAGCAGCAGACGUGGCAGCCCAAGGGCGGCAAGGCCAAGGGCAAAACAGGCAAAGACAAACAGCAGACGUCGAUGCCCGCCGCCCUAAAAGGGAUGGACCCGAAUUUCAAAGGUCAUCCCAUCUCUGUUGUGGCCACUGUCGCCACUGCGUCUGCCUCCCCUCCUUUGCCUCAGAGUACAGUUCGCAACAAGUCAGCAAACCUGUUUGUGGAAGUUUUCGCAGGAACCGGCCGCAUGGCCAAAGCCUUUUCAGCGUUCGGCCUGCAGGUGCUUGCAGUAGACACAGUGCUUCCUCAGGGAGUUCCAGCCCUGACGCUGGAUCUGACCAAGGCCAGCAGCCAGAAAGUUUUCUUUGACCUUUUGCAGUCCAACAGGGUGGCAGCGGUGCAUUUAGCCCCGCCCUGCGGGACAAGCAGCGCAGCCAGACGCAUAGACUUAGGACCAGGGUCUCCUCCUCAGCUUCGCACAGCCCUAGAGCCAGAUGGAGUCCAAGGUCUCUCCUUCUCCAACAGGCAUCGAGUCAACUCAGCCAACAGGUUGUAUCAGUUCACAGCCGAGGUUAUAUCCUCUUGUGACCGCCUCGGCAUCUCACUGUCAGCCAAGGGCAGGCUUGGCACCCAAGAGUCAGUUCCAGGAACUGCCGAGUACGCGGCCUCGGAGAGAGCGUCACUGGGACUUUUCCCGAAGGCCGCACACAGCCCCGUGACAGUCGACCCUUUCAGGGACAAACAGUGGCACAAGUUGUCCUCUGCAGCCGACAGACUGUUAUUUGUCCCGGGCCAGCGCGUUGUGGCAGCAGGCUUUGCAAAAGGAUCCACCACCAUCAAGGUCGUAGUGGAAUCUGGGCAGUGGUGGGCUUUGGUUGGCAUUCCAGUCUCCCCUGAGACUUUUCUUGAACUUGCCAGCCAUUGUACUCACCCUCAGUCCGUUCUGCCACCGCUGCCCACAGGCCUUGAGAACGUGGUUCAGAAACUUAGCCAAGAAGGCGUUGAAGCCGUACACAAGCUUCGCUGUCAAAGGCUGAAAAGCAUGUGUGAUAAGGCCCGUGAGUUGCAGCAGGAUGAGGACAAGGAUCACGCUGGAUUCUCGCCUCACAUGCGUCCCAUCCUUCAAGGCAAGCGCCUCAGGCUGUUUGAGUGUCUGCUCCAGUCGUUGGACUAUCCAGACCAGUCCCUGUCGCAAGACAUGAGAGACGGCUUCAGAGUCACCGGAUGGCUACCAGACACUGGGACCCGUCCCAAGAAGGUGACUCCCCCAGCCCUUCACAGAGACGAGGUCUGGGGCUCCAGGGAUCACAACAACUUAGCCGUUUGGAAACAGUGCAAGCCUACUGGAGACGAAGAGCUUGACGCAGCCUUGUGGCAGCUCACUCUAGACGAGUGUGCAGCUGGUUGGGCCAGUCUCGAGCUUGAUCACUAUGAGCCACCUCAGUCUUGUGUGCUAGGCAGGCGCUUUGCAGUCCGUCAAGGCAGCAAAAUCAGGCCCAUUGACGACAUGUCCGUCAGCCUUGUCAACCAAACAUUGGGUGCUGACGAGAAAAUAGUGGUACACCCCACUUCCUGUACCCUGGCCUUAGCCUUGCAUCUGCAAGCCCGGUGCAGUCACAGACAGGCCGGCCAGGGCAUCAAAGGCAGGACCUUUGACCUCAAGCACGCUUACAAGCAGCUUGGACUAAACCCUGCAGACCUGCAGUUCUCAAAGGUGGUCGUUUGGAGCCCGGAGCACAAGAGGCCAGUCGUGCUCAGCCUGUUAGCGCUCCCUUUUGGAGCAACAGGAUCAGUCCAUGCCUUUAGCAGGUGCAGUCUAGCCAUGUGGCAUGUCGCAGUCUCGUGGCUUUACCUGCCAGUGACUGUUUUCUUCGAUGAUUUCUCAUCGAUCAGCCUGGCAUCGGACACAGUGAACGUGGAGGCAGCCAUGCUGCUACUUUUCAAGGCCCUUGGUUGGCAAGCAGCCCUAACAGGCAGCAAGGCGUCCGGCUUUGCCGAAGCCUUUGUAAGUCUUGGCAUAGCGUACAUUCUGCCGAAGCAGCCAGACCAGCCGAUCUGCCUGCAGAACACAGAGUCUAGGAGGAAGGAAGUGGCAACCACUUGUCUGAAGGCGCUUCAGACUGGGCACAUGUCCCCAGCAGAGUGCCUAGCAUUCGCUGGGCGCCUCAGGUGGCUAGACGCCCAAACCUUUGGAAGGGUUGGCAGACGCGCCUUCAGGACCAUCCUUCUGCAUGGGCUCAGACCAGGGCGCAGGCACCCGCUCAGUCUGACGACAGACCUGCACCAGGCCCUGACUUGGGUGCUGGAGCAUGUGCCCACAGCUGAGCCCAGGGCUUUCAGGCUUCCCCAGACGCGUUCCUUCAACAUCUUCACUGAUGGCUCCUUUGAGCAAGGGCAUGGUCGGAUUGGUGGUGUGCUCUGUGAUGCUGGAGGGCAGCCUCGAGAGUGGUUCCAGUCUUCUGUGCCACAAGACGUCAUAGCCACGUGGUGCUCCGAUGGGACAUCGCACCCCAUCCUGCAGACAGAGAUGCUCGCAGUCUGCGUUGCAGCCAUGCUGUGGAGUCAGAGGUUGAGGGGAGAAAACGUGAUCUUCUGGAUUGAUAAUGAGGCAGCUAAACACUGCCUCAUUUCAGCCCGGGGUUACCCGCAGUCGAACAGCCUGCUUCUUCAGACGGUGCUCAUCUGUGAGCAUCAACACCAGUUGAACACUUGGUUUUCUCGUGUUCCGAGCAUUUCCAAUCCUGCAGACGCACCCAGCCGAGGGGAGACAGCCGAUUUUCUGACAGGCACGACACAACAGGAAGUGAAGGACCCCACUUUUCAGUUUGUCAGCCAGGACGUGAGUUUCCUAGACAGGCUACAGGAAGAGCUUCUGGAAUUGCCUGAGCCUGCAGUUUUGCCAGCCCCUCAGCUGUCAGCCGGAGCACAGCCGAGACUUCAGCCGCCGACAGCCCCGCGGCCCAGACUCCGCGCGCUGUCUCAGUGGAAGCCACAGGACAGUCAGGCAGAGAGACAAGCGGCCUUGUCACGGUGGAGCCAGCUGCUUAGAGCGGUUCCUCACUUCUUCACUGAGUCUUUUCAGCUCGAAGUCGUGCAUGAGGACAGCCAAAUGGAGCUAGGUAAUUUCGACUUGCGGUUCGCCAAGAAGAGUACAAACACUCUUCUCAACAGGAUCAGCAGCAUGCAGCGCUUCGCAGCCUGGACCGUCAAGUCUUUUCCCAAAGAGCCCCUAGCCGAGGCACUAGUCUUUUUGUACUGCCAGCAGCUCAGUCAGAAACAGGCCAGCACAAGCGCACCAGACCAACUCUGCCAGGCACUCAACUUUACAGACGGCGUGCUCGGACUGCAGGUUCCUGCCAGCACUCUGGUGAGCUCUCGAGUUCAGGGCUUGGCUCACCAGUGCCUCAGACAGCAACAGCCACCAAAGCAGGCUCCAGCACUCACCACAGACCAGGUCCGGUGGUUACAGACCUUUGCAGAGUCAGACGAAAGCCAAUACGAGAGGUAUUUAGCAUCUUCCUUCUUGUUCAUGAUUUACGCGAGGGCAAGGCACAGUGACAUGAAGCGAGCCAAGUCAAUUUCAGUCGACCUUGAUGACCGAGGCACAGUCGCGUACAUUGAAUGUCAGGUGCUGAAUCCAAAGCAGAGCAAGGCCAGUCGCAGGAGGAACCUGUUCCUGCCGCUCGUAGCCCCUGCGGAGGGCAUCUGCGCGCAGUCAUGGACAGUCGAGUGGCUCGACCUCAGGAGACAUCUAGGUCUGCAGUGCAACGGCAGCCUCGAAGACAGCCCCCUCCUGCCGGAACUGGCAGCCGACGGCAGACUUCUUGAGACCAACAUGGACUCAGCCAGUGCUUCGAGGUGGCUUCGCUGCAUUCUGUCCAGACAGCCAGGAUCAGACGAGGACAGCAUCCUCAAAGUUUCCAGUCAAGGACUCAAGGCCACCUGUCUUUCAUGGUGUAUGAAGUUUUCUGUUUCGGAUAGUGACCAGACUCUUUUAGGCUACCAUAGUCGUGGCAAGAGUGGAAGCGCACUCAGCUACGGCAGAGACGCGCUAGCUGGACCUUUGCGUGCACUGGAAGGUGUUCUAGCAGCCGUGCGCCAAGGAAAGUUCAGACCAGACAGCACUCGUUCAGGCAGGUGGCAGACUGGUGCAGCAGCCUCGUCAGCAGCAUCUUCGUCACAGCAGCCUCAGACCAGCCAGAGCGCGGAGUCCUUGGUCCAGCCCGUCGUAGACAGUGCCAGCUCCGAGUCGGAGGCAGUCAGUGAGGGCUCGUCAGAGGAGGAGACGCAGGUUUUGCAGUCAGUCAGUCAUAGCCUUGCACUAGUCGCAGGCGAUGACAACUUUCAGUUUCUGUCGAACGUUCGUAGUGGCAUUGUUCACAUCUGCCGUGUGGACAACGACAGGUUGUUGUGCGGUAGAACAGUCUUUGACAGUCUUCAGGUUGUGCAGACCCUGGACUUUUCCAAAGUCAAGGACGGCCGGUCCUUUGAGAUUGCGGCACAGGACUUUCCCCACCUUCAGAAAAGGAUGUCCAGCUGGUCCUGCCGACCGUCUGGCGUUACUGAGAGAUUCUGGGCCUCCCCAUCCCCGUUUUCAUUUACGCCUUGCAGCGGUGCACUCUUUGACGUCGCCAUGGUGCUUGGUGUGGGGGUGAGCUAUGUUUGGAGAACUGUGGGAUACACGACAGCCAACGGCUGGGCGACCUCCCACUCGCGUUUGCAGCAAGACAAGAACUUGCGCGUUGGCAGUGCAGAUAGGCAAGCAUUCCUCCAGGCAGCUUUGGAGCGUGCGCAGGCUGGUGGCCAAGCCCUGCGCAUCGCGUCCACGAUGACCUCGCAGCGUCAGGAAGUUGUAGUGGGAGCCGAGGGCCCAGUUCGCGCGGCCAGUUUGGCCGGACUCGGCCUGCUCAUGGCAUCCGUUAUGUUUGCGAAGCUGUCCAAGCCUCACUCCGAUCGUUGCCAAUGCAAGUCUUUGCUGGAGGGCUUUGCAAGCAGAGCUUCAAGGGAUUCGGUCGGAGAUGGCGGCGGAGCAGGCAUGAAGCUGUUCCUUCUCGGACAGGAGUUGUGCUCAGUCGCUUGCAGGUACGAGCAGCGCGGAUCAAUCAGCCAGGAAGACAGAUGUGGGAGCAAGGCCUCUAGUGACUCCUUGAACCGAACCCCCAGGCAGACGCAGGUCUUGGAAUCCGAGAAGCGGUCCUUGCAGGCCUGGGGCGCAACGCUGGGAUUGGGCCCCCCCCCCACGGGGCAUCUUUUGGAAGGGUGGUUUCAGUGCCAGGGCAAGGCGGCCGACCGGUCGGCCGAUGCAAUGUCCGAGUGUCGACCUGAGAGCCGAAGGAAGCGCCCAAGGGGCCCCGCAAUGCCCCGCAUCUUCCCCCCCGGGCCCAAGGUUGCAGAUGCAGAUCCAGGCGCUCCGACUUUCGCAAGCAUUUUUUUCACAUCUGUCGGCAGCCAGGAGCUGGCCUUUGGAGACGAGGUGGGCGGCCGAGCGAUGGGACGUCUCGGGCUGCUCUUUGAGAUGCGGCAUGCAGAGACCAGGCCCGGCGAAACGGUGACUGUCGUCGGCGCCCGCACGGAGCUGGGAGCAUGGGACUGCUACACAUCGGGAUUGCAACUUCGAACGGGAGCUUCGUGCUAUCCUUGCUGGGCAAUGUUGGCGCCAGUGUGGGUCUCGCCGGAAACAAGUGACUCAUCGGCUUCGUUGUGUCGCUCGGACCUCGACACUCCAGGGCACUCCGUUGCCAGUCCACGGAUCGUACGUGAUGCUUCUGUAAUCCCAGAGGAACCUGAAGUGGUUUCAAGUGGCGACAGUGGGGAGGCAGAGGCUUCACAAGCUUCUCAUUUCAUCCACAUUGAGUACAAAUAUGUUAAGGACCGCCGACAAGUCAAGGAUUGUGGGCCGUCUAUUCAAUGGGAGGACAGCAUAGCCAAUCGCCUGGUAAGCUUACCAUUCGAGCCAGGAAGUAUCUGGAUCAUCUCGGACUCGAAAUUCAAUGACGUCAGGGAACAACCCCGAAUCGUUCGAACAACUCUGGUGGAGAUUUUGGCCCGUCGCGACAAGCUGGACAUGGAGUUCCGGCAUUCGCUGCAGGAUGUCUCUCACUCUCCGGAGUGGAGCGGACGAGAGCCUGAAGACGACGGGUCAAGUCACCAUAGUGGUGGAACGAAUUGGAGCACUGGCCUCACAUCUGUUGGAGUUUCUACACGAUUGUCACUCCCGUGGCUCCAAUCCCAGGGGCGGGGAUCGCACGGUGGGGCAGGAAGUGACUGUUCGCUGGUAUUACUUGAGCAGAUGACCAAAUUGUUGCCAGCGGCAUUGAUGGCAAUACUGGUGAUCCUGAGCUUGGUUCUUCGACAGCAUGUACAUUACCGGUUCCUUGAAGUACAGCCAAACGAGUCAAAUGUCGAUUUUGAAAGAAGUUAG